UAAAUAUAUAGGGAGUGUGAAAAGUAAAAGAAAGGUAUGUGGCAAAAAUGGUGAUUAAUUGCAUGAUCGAGGCCAUUUAUUGAGUAGUGAAUUGACCAAACGAUGAUAGAACUGAAUUGAAUUACCAAAAAAUAUUAAAUAUAGGCAGAGAGCAAAGUGUUUGUUUGUGAAUAGAUAUGGCGAAUCAGUUCGGAAAUCUGGUAGAGUCGAUAAAGUCAAAGGUGAAGUCUCUGAAGAUGAAGAAACCAAAGAAGCCAUACAUGAAGAUGGAUAAGAGUGCAAGCGUGAAGGUCGAAAUUCGAAGCAGAAAAGCUCGUAAGAUUAUUGAAAAGACUUUGAAAGCUGCUGAUAAUCCCCGCAAUCUCAAUCUCACUUAAUUAAUACUCAUUUCUUCUCGGUUUCAUUUUCAAUCUCACUCAAUCAACAUGUAUAUAUAUUCUCUGUCUCAGACUCUAUUGAUUUCGUUUGAUCCAAUUUAUAGAUUUAAAUAAAAUCUUAUUUCUGUA